UCUGUCCAAAAGACGUUUGUUGAUCAACUAUUUGAUUCUGCUUGACUCGUUGAUGUAUUAUGAAUCAUUAUUAUGUUUUCCUAUUUUUCUUUUUUUAUAUAUUUAUUUUUUAAUCUAUUAGAAUUGCACUGUCGAUAAUAUAUAACCGUGAUUUAAAUUAAUGAUUUAAAAGUAAUGGUAUUAUCUCGGUUUAUUCAUUAAGCAUUUAUUUUAAUUUCAAGGCUUGUGCUCUAUAAUGUCGCCAACAGAAUAUGUGGAAUUAAAGCAUAUUGAUAAAUUAUUACAAUGUGGAAUAUGUUAUGAGUAUAUGAACACUAGUGUGAUAACAUCGUGUUCUCAUAAUUAUUGUUCCCUGUGCAUUAGAAAGUAUUUACAUUAUAAAACUCAAUGUCCAACUUGCUUUGAAGAAACAUUUGAGAAAGAUUUACGAAAAAACAAUCUUUUGGAUGAGAUUAUUAUUCAUUAUUUGAAUUUUAAAGACAAAAGUGAAAAGAAAUUUUAUCAAAAAGAGAUAUUGACUGUGGAAAAUAGAAACUUUGAAAAUGUACACUCUCCAAAUAAUUUUGAAUGUAAGAAAAAACAAAAUGUUCCUGACACAAAUGAAAUAUUGGAUAAAAAUCUUGAGAGUCCAAUGUCUAUGGCUAGUAACACUACACCUCGUGGACAAAAAAAUGAUCAGCAAAAUAUAUCUACUCCUAGCACCAGUACAGAACUUAGGAUACCUUCAAUGUUUACACCAAAGAGAAAAGGUUUUCAAAAUGAGGAAAAUGAGCUAGUUGAAUGUCCAGUUUGCAAAGUAGAUGUACCUCAAAAUAAUAUAAAUAAACAUUUAGAUGAUUGUUUAAAAAGGGAAAAUACAAAGGUUCAACCUAAAAAAUGCGAGCCAAAACGUAAACCACUACCAAAAUUAGUAUUAAGUUUAAUGAAAGAUAAUAUUAUACGAAAAAAAUUAAAAGAAUUUGGUUUAUUAACUCAAGGAGACAGAAAGACAUUAGAAACCAGACUACAAAGAUAUAUUAUUCUUUAUAAUGCAGAAUGUGAUAAAAUAAAUCCAAGAUCCAUAUCGGAAUUAAUUAAGCAGUGUGAAGAAGAAGAAAAUUUGGAGAGGAAAAUACAGAAACCAUCAAAUAGAUUAAAUAUCAAUAGAAAUACGGAACAAAAUAUUAUAGAACAGCAGAGAAAGAAAUAUUUAGCUGCAAAUAAGGAUAGUUAUGAUGAACUAAUUUUGAAAAUGAAACAUCCUAAUAGUUCACGGAAAUUGCCUGUUAGGCGCAAUAUAUUAAGCAAAGAAAAUUCUGAUACGCUAUAUCAAGAUUGUGUUGCAGAAAGCACUUCAAUUAUUAGAGAUAACGAGGAAAGCAAUUUUUUAGCACUGAAUUCUAAUAUUGAAGAUUCAAACAUGUCUUGUUAUAACAUGAAUCCUACAAAUUUUUUAGCAAUUGAAUUAUCUUCCUCAUCUAAUGAUACCAAUGACCAAUAUGCUUCCAAUCAUAUCUCAAAUAAUUCAUGCAAAAUUGAACGAGUUUUAUCUAAUUCUAAUGUAAAAAUAGAAAAUAUCCAGAAUGAAUUAUUAUUUCCCGAAAAUACUGUAAUACAUGAAGAAACGGUUUCUAGUAACCAAUCAAGAGAAUAUAAUGCUACAGAAAAUAGAAUGAAUAUUGAUAGCAAAGAAUCAGUUUCUGAACUUAUCAAAAUUGAGUCAAAGAAUAAAAGAAAAACUAAAUUGUCUGUGAAAAGAAAUAGGAAUAACUUAAAGUGUAGCCCAAUGAAACGUGUAGCAUAUCCCGAGCUUAAAGAUGAACGGCAGAAAGAAUUACACAAUGAAGCAAUACAUUCAAUUGUAGAAGAUAUCGAAUAUUUGAUAGGAGACAGUGACAAUAGUGACAUUCAAGAUUGUGAGAAAUUAAAGGACGAACAAGUAUAUAAUGUGAAAGAAAAAUAUACAUCCGAUCGCAUAAAAUUUGAAAAAGAAAAUUUGAAGUCGUCGGAUAAAAGUAUAAAACCUUACGCUCUUCGAAAACGGGAGCGCGAAAUGACAUUCACGUUAAGUGACAAAGAAAGAAUUGCGGAUAGAUCGACGAAUGUGAGGAAAUCAUCCAGGUUUGAUCUUAGUGAAACUAGAGGAUUUAAUAAUGAAAAUUUUAAAGAAAAGACAGAUACGAGAUGAAGAAUAAUUGCAAAAUGAGAAGAAAUCAUUACAUGUAACUUACGAUUACAAAGACAUCUUAAAUUA